GCGUUCCCAUUGGCUGGCGCGGGGUCGGGCCCACGGGUGGGCUCGGCGUGAGGACUCUGGCGACACUGGGGACACGGAGGGGCCAUGGGUGUCCUCGGGGCGCUGCUCGGCGGGGUUUUGGUGGCCGUGGCCGUCGCCGAGCCCGCCCCGGACCCUCCCCCCCACACCCUGGGGGAGAUCCUCACCUGCCAGCCCGACCCUCCCUCGCUGUCGCUCUCGGUCACCCUGGACGGCCGCGGCCUCUUCUGGUUCCACUUCCCGGCCUCGCGGUGGCUCCGGGGGGCGCCCGCGCUGCCGGCCUGGCCCGAGGGGCUGGAGACCCCCGCGGAGCUCCUCCCGGAGACCCAGCUGUGCCGCCAAAUCCUGGGAAUUCUGGGCACGCAACUCGCCGGGCUGCUGCCCCAGGCCAGGGGAAUCCCGGUGCUCUCGGUGUUCCCGGCCCAGCCCCCGUCCCCAGGAGGAAUCCCAGUGCUCUCGGUGUUCCCGGCCCAGCCCCCGUCCCCAGGAGGUGCCACCACCCUGCUGUGCCUGGUGGAGAACAUCUUCCCCCCGUCGCUGGCCCUCUCCUGGUCGCUGGCCGGGGCCGAGGUCACUGCCGGGGUCACUCUGGGUCCGUUUGUCCCCACGGCCGACCUGACCUUCGUCCGUCUGUCCCGGAUUUCCGUCACCCCCCGGCCCGGGGACGUCGUCUCCUGCUCGGUCACCACGGGAAGGGACAAUGCCACCACCGUGGUGGCCUACUGGGUGGCUCCGGACACGGCGCUGGACGAGCAGCUGGACACGGCGCUGGCCGGAGCCGGGCUGGCCUUGGGGCUGGUCCUGGCCUUGCUAGGCCUGGGCCUGGCCCUGCUGGCCCGCAGGGACCCGCACGGUACGGGAUAGGCCUGGCCUAAACCUGGGCCUAAGCCUGGGACUGGCCCACAGGGACCUGCACGGCUGAGCUCAUCCCGGUGGGAAUCGGGAAUUUGGGAGUUAAACCCCGCCUAUCCUCAAUAAAACCAGGCUUUGGCAGA